GCGCCGCGUUUAAAUCUGCGGAGCCGCCGCGACCCGGGCGGAGGCCGCCCGGGUGAGGGGGUCGCGGGGUUGCGGGGCGGGUCGGGCCGGUCGGGGGUCCCCGGGCGGCCCCCCACUCACCCACGCCCUUUCUCCUCGCAGCUGCCGGAGGAGCGGAGAUGGACGCCCCCCGCGAGGACGAUGUCCUACUUUUGGAGGAUGAGAAGUUUGACUUCGACCUCUCGCUGUCGUCGGCAAGUGCGAACGAGGACGAGGACGAGGUGUUCUUCGGGCCCGUGGGGCACAGAGAGAGGUGCCUGGCGGCCAGGGUGGAACUGAGGCUGCAGACCCCCGAGCAGCCCGCCCCGCCCAAGCCCUCGCCAGGGGACCAGUGGCCCUGGCUCCCGCUGGCGGGGGACGCCUUCGUGGAGGUGUACAAGGAGGCCCACUUGCUGGCCCUGCAGAUCGAAAGUGCCCGCAAGGCCGCCUCUGCCCUCCCUGCGCAGCCCGGCAGCCAGGCCGGGGAGCACUUUGUGCAGGAGCCCGAGGCCAAGAUCAGCCUCUUCGAGCGGGAGGAGGCGGCCAGGAGGAGCCCCCAGGCGCUGAAGAGGGAGACGUUCUGCGUGUCGGACAGGACGGGCCCCGCACCCCUGCCCGUGCCCCGGGGACCCACCCCCGGCCAGACGGCAGCGCAGAAAAGGGGUGGCAGCCAGCAGCUGCCCCGCGCCCCCUCGCUCCGCCUCAGGGCCCUGGAGAAGCCUGCCAGGGACCCGCCAGCCAGCCCGGCCCGCUCGGAGCCCCGGAGAGAGGAGCCGCCCCGGGCCCAGCGCCCCGCCGUGCGCUCACUGCCCGUCCCCCACAAGGGCCUGAAGAAGACCCUGCUGAGGCCUCCUGGCUGUGCGGCCAGAAAGUCGUCCACCUCGGGCGCCCCCGCGGGCCAAGAUGGUGGCCAGCUCCUGGCAGCCCCGGGCAGGCCGCGGCCGGCCGGCCCCUUGGCGUCCUGCUGGCAGAGCCGGGGGCCCACCGAGCCGGCAGCCGAGCCCACCCGGACACCCGCCCCGCACCCCCAGAUGCCAGAGCCGCCAGCCCGGGCCCCCGCCUCGCGCCGCAGCCUGUCGUGGUCCUCGCGGGGGGUGCAGACGGGGGCUGCCCGCAGGCGCGAGUCCUCGCUGGGCCCCAGGACGGGGGUGUCGUCCGCGCUGGCCGAGCCCUUCAAGGUCCCCAGGAGCCCUGCCCGCGAGCCCCCCGGCACUGUGACCCCCCAGUUCCCUCGUGCUCAGAGGCCUCAGCCGCACACCCCGGCCGGGAGGACGCCCCUCCACAGCACUCCUGCCCCGAGCAGCAUCGCCAGCCGUGCUGGGACCCCCUUGACCACCAGGCGCCUGUCAUCCCUGCCCACGCCUGCCAGCUGCCGGCUCUCCAGCCUGCCCAGGGCGACCCCCAGGGCCACGCCCCGGGCCCUGGGCUCGCCCCUGUGUGCCUCUGCGCAGCGGCUCUCCUCUGAGCCCCCCAGAAAAGGCCCCCAGAGGACCACCUCGGCCUGCGUUAGCGACGGCCACGCGGCGUCCCCCGACGGGAGCGUCUCCCCGCCGGCCGCCGUGCCCCAGGCCCUGCGCUUCUCCCCAGAGCCUGGCGAGGGCACCAAGAGCGCCUCCGUGGGACAGCGCCCAGAGGCUCUUCCCGCGGAGGUCACCCCGGACCAGCCGACCGUCGCCCCCCUGGUGGAGGUGGACGUGCCGCUCAUCGACUUCUGCAGCAGCCCCCUGCCCAGCGCGGCCCCCGCGUGCCCGAGCCGGCCGCUCAUCGACCUCCUGGUCAACACCCCCGAGUGGGCCCGGGGCAGCGCACCCAAGCCCCGGCCCGACCACGAGGCAGUGCAGCUGAUCGACCUGGCCUCGCCCUUGAUCCAGCUGAGCCCUGCGGCCGACAAGGAGAAUGUGGCCUCGCCCCUUGUCAAGCUCUAGGGGCUGCCCGGCCCCUGCCCCAGACCUUAGUGAAACUGUGC